AUGUGGAAAGUUUCUUCAGUUCUCAGUGCUUUGCUAUUUACUAGAUGUUGGGCGGGUUCAUUGGUGCUUCGACAAAGCGGCUUGCCCGCUGUUGUUGAACUAAAUAUCCGUCGCAACGAUAUCCUGGAUCCCAUAGCGAGAGACCAAACAAGGCGAAAACGAGACAAAACAGUCUCGCAGUUAAUUGAUAAUGAGGAGACGCUCUACUUCUGCAAUGUAACAAUCGGCACGCCAGAGCAAAACCUGCGGUUGAUUCUCGACACUGGUAGCAGUGAUCUUUGGUGUAAUGCUGCAAAUUCAGCACUUUGUUUGUCAUCUAGAGAUCCAUGUCGUGUACCUGGCUCAUUUGACCCAAACUUGUCUUCAUCGUUGUCUUAUGUUUCAUCCGAUUUCAACAUCACGUAUGCAGAUGGGACAGGCGCCGCUGGGGACUACGUAACUGACACACUCCACAUCGGCGGUACAACAGUCAAGGAUUUUCAGUUUGGAAUUGGGUACUCAUCUAGCUCCGCGGAGGGGGUUUUAGGAAUUGGCUACCCAUCGAAUGAGGUCCAGGUCGCUCGUUUUGGGGACGAUGCUUAUCCCAACCUUCCUCAAUUCUUAAUGCAGAAAGGUUUAAUUCAAUCAAGCGCCUACAGCCUGUGGCUGAAUGAUCUUGAAGCAAAUACUGGGUCUAUCCUAUUCGGGGGGGUUGAUACAGAGAAGUAUCAUGGUGAUCUACGGACUCUUCCUGUCCAGAGCAUCAAUGGUGGAUAUUCUGAACUCAUAAUAGCGCUCACUGGUGUCUCGCUCAAUACUAAGUCCAGAGAUCGCCACUUGUCCUCAGGUGCGCUACCUGCAGCGGUACUCCUUGACUCUGGAAGCUCUCUAUCAUAUUUACCAGACUCCAUUGCGGAGGAAAUUUACAGAGAGAUUGGUGUUACUUAUGAGCCAUCCACUGGUGCCGGGUAUAUACCGUGUAGCUUGGCCCAGAAUGACAUCAAUAUAACAUUCACAUUCUCGUCCCCCGAAGUCACUGUUGGCAUCAAGGAGCUUAUUAUAGACGGCGGGGGUCUUCGCUUUUCAAACGGUGAUCGUGCUUGUAUAUUCGGCAUUGUCCCUGCCGGGGACAGCACCGCUGUUCUUGGUGAUACUUUUUUGCGCAGCGCAUAUGUUGUCUAUGAUCUGACAAAUAAUGAGAUAUCGCUCGCACAAACCAGGUUCAAUUCAACCAAGAGCAAUAUCUUUGAGAUACAAAGUGGAGAUGACGCUGUACCUAAUGCGACAAAGGUAUCUAACCCUGUUACCUCCGUCGUGGUAGAUGGCUCGGGGGCGCGAAUUGGGGGGCCGACGGAUAGCGGAAACACAAUACAAUCUACAGACACGGGUGCGGCAUUGGCAUUGGGGGGCGCGGUGAGUGUUCCAGGACGUCUCGCUUUAAGCGCUGUGGUGAUGUGGUAUACAUGGGCUUUUUGA